CUAGAUAGAUAUUCAACACUAGAUAGAUAUUCAGCACUAGAUAGAUAUUCAGCACUAGAUAGAUAUUCAGCACUAGACAGACAUUCAACACUAGAUAGACAUUCAACACUAGAUAGACAUUCAACACUAGAUAGAUAUUCAAUACUAGAUAGAUAUUCAGCACUAGAUAGAUAUUCAAUACUAGAUAGAUAUUCAGCACUAGAUAGAUAUUCAAUACUAGAUAGAUAUUCAGCACUAGAUAGAUAUUCAACACUAGAUAGAUAUUCAACACUAGAUAGAUAUUCAACACUAGAUAGAUAUUCAACACUAGAUAGAUAUUCAACACUAGAUAGACAUUCAAUACUAGAUAGAUAUUCAAUACUAGACAGAUAUUCAACACUAGAUAAAUAUUCAGCACUAGACAGAUAUUCAACACUAGAUAGAUAUUCAGCACUAGACAGACAUUCAACACUAGAUAGAUAUUCAACACUAGAUAGAUAUUCAGCACUAGAUAGAUAUUCAGCACUAGAUAGAUAUUCAGCACUAGAUAGAUAUUCAGCACUAGAUAGAUAUUCAACACUAGAUAGACAUUCAACACUAGAUAGAUAUUCAAUACUAGAUAGAUAUUCAGCACUAGAUAGAUAUUCAACACUAGAUAGACAUUCAACACUAGAUAGAUAUUCAAUACUAGAUAGAUAUUCAACACUAGAUAGACAUUCAACACUAGAUAGAUAUUCAAUACUAGAUAGAUAUUCAGCACUA